AUGUGUUGCCUCGACGGGCAAGAUAGACAGGUAAUUGCUCUCCUCUGGGUCCUACGAAUACGUCAGAGUAAAGAUAAGGCGGAGCAUAGCACUUUCAUUGGUUUUGAUCUUUGUGUGACACGGACGGGUUGAAGGGUGUCGAAGGGGAGUUUAGUUGUGGUAGUAAUUUGUACGAUAUAACUUUGGGGGUUAAUGGAAACAAAAUCUGCGAUAGCUUUAAAGUCUAUGGAAAGUCUUGCAUCAUCGUUGGAAGGAAAAAGCAUAAAAUCGCAAUACAAGCUCAGCAUCGUAGAAUUCAUAAUCAUGCACGAUAGAUGUGU